CGCCCGCCCCCGGCCCCGCCCGCCCCGCCCGCCCCGCGGGACGGGCUCCGCGGAGCCGCCGCUCGGCCGGAGCGGGGCUGGCGGCGGCGGGACGUGGGCUCUCUCAUGCCUUGUCUCGCUCUUCUCCCCCCCUAAAACCUCCCUCCGAAGGAUGGCAGCUGCAUCUUUCCGCUACGGCAUGACCAUCACCGGGGCCGUGCUGCUGGUGACGGGGACACUGUGCUUUGCCUGGUGGAGCGACGGGGAGGUGGGCUCCCCGUCUGGCAGCGGGGCUCGCCUCCUGCCUCCCCGAGAAGCUGAGGCUGUUCCCAGCUCCUCCUCCAGUGCCCUGCUCCGCUCCGUCAGCUUCUUCUGCUGCGGCAUCGGUGGCAUCCUCCUCCUCUUCGGGCUCCUCUGGUCCGUGAAGGCCAAUGCCAGGGUGGUCUCCCGCCGCUACCAGUACCAUUUCCCCAGGGACCUGCAGUACUUCACCGCGGAGCCUCUGGAGAAGUGGAACUGCAGCACCUGGGAUGCCAGUGCCAUCCCCACCUACGAAGAAGCCCUGACCUGCAGACCUGCCCAUGGUGCCCCAGCCUAUGUCCAGCCCCCGCAGAGGAAGGAGGAGUUCACGCCGCCCCUGUACCGCUACCUGGAGGAGGAUGAGAGCUGGCAGGGCAGCCGCCGGCGCAGCUGCUCCGACAGCGCCUUGUUCCGCCCCAGCCCAUCCUGGCUGGAGACCCAGCACCCCGGGGAGCCGCAGGCAACGCCUCCCCCCAGCUAUGAAAACAUCAGUGUCCGGGGCGUCUGAGCUGGCGGCACCAUGGGGCUGGGACUCUGGGGGUGGCUGCCCAGUCCCUCGGCUUUAAACUGAGCCACUUCCUUUGCAGGGGCGAGAGGAGGGUGGGUGAGAAGGGGCGAGGGUCUGUCUGGAUUUCCAAGCGAUCGUUCCGGGGUUGUUGGGAUUGCGGGUCCUGUGGGCAAUGUGUUUGGAAGGUGGGGGUAACUGGCAUUUGUAUUUUUAAUAAAACCACUGCUGGUUGCAGAUGCUUUGCAUUCCCUGCGCUGAC